CGGGCAGGGCCUGGCCGGGGCUGCGCCCCCCGCCCGCAGGUAUGGGUUGUUUUUUUUUCCAGUAUAGGAAAUAUAUACUGGAAUAUAUUGUAAUACAAGAGGGAUGAGCUUACUUAUCUUUUGAUGGAUGGACCAGUCGUCUCCAACCUACAUGCUUGCCAACUUAACCCACUUGCAUUCUGAACAGCUUCUGCAAGGCUUGAACCUCCUUCGCCAGCAUCACGAGCUCUGUGACAUUAUCCUUAGAGUCGGCGAUGUCAAGAUCCAUGCCCACAAAGUGGUGCUGGCCAGCAUCAGUCCCUACUUCAAAGCCAUGUUCACUGGGAACCUCUCGGAGAAGGAGAACGCGGAGGUGGAGUUCCAGUGCAUCGACGAGGCAGCCCUGCAGGCCAUCGUGGAGUACGCCUACACGGGGACCGUGUUCAUCUCGCAGGACACCGUAGAGUCACUUCUUCCAGCUGCGAAUCUCCUCCAGAUCAAACUGGUGGUGAAGGAGUGUUGUGCGUUUCUUGAAAGCCAGCUUGAUCCUGGCAACUGCAUCGGGAUUUCUCGCUUUGCAGAGACCUACGGCUGCCAUGACCUCUACGUGGCUGCUAGCAAGUACAUUUGCCAAAACUUUGAAGAUGUUUGUCAGACAGAAGAAUUUUUUGAGCUUACGCAUUCUGAAUUGGAUGAAAUAGUUUCCAAUGACUGCCUGAACGUUGUGACGGAAGAAACCGUUUUUUAUGCGCUGGAGUCCUGGAUCAAAUACGACGUGCAGGAGCGACAGAAGUACUUGGCACAGCUGCUACAUUGCGUUCGGUUGCCACUGCUGAGCGUUAAGUUUCUUACCAGGUUGUAUGAAGCAAAUCAUCUCAUUCGUGAUGACCACACCUGCAAACAUCUGCUAAAUGAGGCCCUGAAGUACCACUUCAUGCCUGAACACAGACUCUCCCACCAGACCAUGUUGAUGACACGACCCCGCUGCGCUCCUAAAGUUCUUUGUGCCGUGGGAGGAAAAGCUGGACUGUUUGCAUGUUUGGAGAGUGUUGAAAUGUAUUUUCCCCAGAAUGACUCCUGGAUAGGCCUGGCACCUCUUAGCAUUCCCCGCUACGAAUUUGGCAUAUGUGUCCUCGACCAGAAAAUCUACGUUGUGGGAGGGAUUGCCACCCACGUGUGUCAAGGCAUCAGUUACCGAAAGCACGAGAAUUCUGUGGAGUGCUGGGACCCCGAUACCAACACUUGGACAUCGCUUGAAAGGAUGUUUGAGAGCCGGAGUACUCUGGGAGUGGUGGUUCUGGCAGGAGAGCUCUACGCCUUAGGUGGCUACGACGGGCAGUCUUACCUCCGAACUGUGGAGAAAUACAUCCCGAAAGUGAAGGAAUGGCAGCUGGUGGCCCCGAUGAACAAAACGAGGAGUUGUUUUGCUGCGGCCGUCUUGGACGGAAUGAUCUAUGCCAUUGGUGGUUACGGUCCUGCCCACAUGAACAGCAUGGAGCGUUACGAUCCGAGUAAAAACUCGUGGGAGACAGUCGCUUCAAUGGCUGAUAAGCGAAUAAACUUUGGUGUUGGUGUCAUGCUGGGCUUCAUUUUCGUAGUAGGUGGACACAAUGGUGUGUCUCACCUAUCGAGCAUUGAGAGAUAUGAUCCUCACCAAAAUCAGUGGACUGUGUGUCGACCCAUGAAGGAACCCAGAACAGGAGUUGGUGCAGCUGUAAUUGAUAACUACCUUUAUGUAGUUGGAGGUCAUUCAGGGUCGUCCUAUCUGAACACUGUACAGAAAUACGAUCCCAUCUCAGAUACCUGGCUGGACUCUGCUGGGAUGAUGUACUGUCGAUGCAAUUUUGGUUUGACUGCACUUUGAUGAAAAGCAGGACUUUGUGGACGUGAUGCAAAGGUGGAGCUUAAUCUGCUUGAAAAUGAACCCUGCGGGUGGAGACCAUAAGCUGCAUUUUCUGAAGUUGGAAGGUUGGAGCAAUGUGGUGAAGUUGGGGUUGAAAUGAGGAAGGAUUCGUUUUCCUCCAGUAAUUGGCCUUUGUGACAUUAGUGACAUGGGCGGAAGGAAUGGAAAGCUUAUUUCCAGCUGGGUUUAGAUAGCAUCCUGUUAAUGGCAGUGAAUUUCAGAGAGUACUGUCCAUGCCUGGGAUAUGGUUAGAAAACUUGCUGUAUAUCUAACCCUUUCACUUUCUAGAGCUUUUCUCUCUUCCUCCUGCCUACUAUGAAACAUGAAGUUUACUGUGCGUGGGGUGAGAGUUGUGUGAAUGUGUUGUGUGACUGGGCAGUGUGCAGAUAGUUGUCUGGUUGUGUCUUCAUAGUAAGAAAAUGCCAGUGCUUCAUAAUUUUUUUUUUUAUGAACAGUAACUAAAGGGCUGCCUUGUUCCUGUAUCUCAAGGUUUGUAAAUAAUAAAUGCCAUAGUAUGUUGCCUGUACACUCCCCUUUGUUACCUGCUUACUGGUAGGAGGGCUGGGAUGGUAAUUGGGAACUACUUAAAGACAUUUACAGGGCAAAUUUAUUGCUGCUUAAUGAAAUCUUUGGCUCUGAUGAAAUCACGGUUUUAACUUCACUUAUACUUUAUUUUUGUGGAUAAAUGAGUGCUAGAUUAAACGACUUCAUCUUGCUAGUCUGCUGUGUGUUUUCAAUUGUAAUGCAAGGAAAAAUGACAACAGUAGUGCAUCGGGAGAUGCCACGGCAGCAUUCAUGGCAUGAUAUAAAAUAAAUACUCAAAAAUGAAUCCGUCCCAUCCUUUCUCCCAAGCGCACUUGUGUCCAUAUUCCGUAUAACUUCCUUUUUUAAAAGAAUGUAUGAUUGCUUUCUCAGAGUGUUCAGAUAUAAAAAUGGUGCUAAAUGUAGGACUUAACAAUAAGGCUGUUACUGAAUUUAGUGCAGUAUGCAUAAAGCAUGGUUGUUUUGAUUGUUCUACUGUUUUCGUUUCUUAUUUGCUUGAUACAUUUGUGCCUAUGAAAACUGUCAAGAAUAACACAGUGUACUGAACGAGCUCUACGUUUGUUACAUUUUUCUUUUUUCUUUUUUUUUUUUUUUUUUUUUUCCUUCCGAGCUACGUUUACUGUUCCUAUUCUCACCAAUACAUAAGUAGGGAGUGAACAGUGGGAGCCCAUCUCGGGUUCUUCGGUCUUGCCUUUAACACGAGUCGCGGUCAGUGAGAGGCGCGGGGCGUAGCUGCUCAUCCCAAACCUUUCCUGCCCAAGGGGGUGCUGGCGCUCGGUUCCUCUGACCAGCCAGAGUCUCCAGAGAUACAACUUUGUGAUAGCCCGAAACUCAGUGAAAUUUGGGGCAGAGAAACAGAAAGCGAGGCUGUGGGCUAUAGCCGUUAUUUAAAAUAGACGACCGAAUAAAUACGAAUUUUAGCUAACUUAGAAUGCUUUGGUUUUUCUUCUGAAUUUAGCUAGGAAUCAUGGUUAUCUUGAAUUUCUGUUUUGAAGUCUGUGUGUGUAUUGCCAGGCCUGGUACUGAAGAAUUUUUCUGCCUCCGGAGUUACUUUCCCCUUGUUUUAAUAUGUUAAUUUAACGUUUUGUUUCUCCCUGUUUUUUCUAGCCCAUGCAGUAUUAUUUUUGAAGGUGCAAUAAUAUUUGAAAUAGUUGUUUUAAAAGCCAUUUCUUUAUAAGUAUGCUAAGUGGAGGGUUUUGGGUGUACUUGAUUUGUUCUAAGCUCCUGCCGAGCUAGUUGCAGCGAGGCAGGCGGUGGUGGUCCUUGUUCUUCCGUAUGCUAACGUGCAGAUUCUUAACCGUCAAGGGGACGAGGGUGUUUUCACCAUAAAACAUUAUUCAUAGAUAACAGGCGUUUGCACAGAUUAUAAAAUCCUGCACCUAUUCUUCAAAUUUUGGUGGAAUCAAGCAGGACUUUAAAAGCAAAUAAAACCAGCGGUUUCAGUGUUUUCCAUGCAGUUGAUUUGACCCAACGAGGAUUCCAGUUUUACAGCAAUAAUAGCGUAAGUUCGUUAUUCCCGUGACUCUGUUGAUAGGACACCGUAGCUGCGUGGUGGUGUUGCGUGUCUGUGUGGGGAGGAGGAGGAAGGGGGGCAGGUUUGGGGCUGGGGGCUGCGGGAGGCGUUCCAGCCCCCCCGCAUCGCCUGCCCUCUGGCAGAGGCGCGAGCUGGGCGCCUGCCCGCGCUCGUUGGCUUUUCCAGUCUGUUCCACAGAGGGGCCGUGGGUUGUCAUGUUUCCCAGCAUGCGCCAGAGGGAAAGAUGCUUAACAAACGAAUAUUAAAAUAAGAAAAAGUCCUUACCUAAAGGGGGAGUUUAUGCCUUUUACUGAUAGAAGGCUUUCCGCGCGGUUUGAUACGUACCGUACUUUUUAGAUUUUUAACUGCGGUGGGGUUCCAUGAAGGCAGAUGCUCAUGUACAUGUUCUGAUUGGGAAUAUUAGUAAACACUGUUUUCAGUUAGUAGAAGGCAGUGCAAGGUGUAGAAAUAGUUUUGACUUCAUCAGAACAAGCAAUCCGUGGGUCAGGGCGGUGUUGAUGGUCAUUCAAUGUUGAGACAAACCUCUUUCAUUUAUGGAAGUCAAAACGCUUAACGCUGCAAAAUGCUUCCUUCUCUUUACCUAGGCAGUGGCAAUGUUCAAUCAGGCCGUAGAGGCUGACCCCAUAUUGUGUCAUGUGGUGCUGCUCAAUUUGAUAGCAGCGUAAACAAUUUUUCAGGAUGCAGGCUUGGUCUGAAGAAUGGGAGAAAUGCUUAAUGAAAUAUCCUGCUGGUAUUAGAUGAACUGCUUAGCCAGCCAGGGACUGAGGAGUGUCCCAACCCAGGGAUCGUGUCCCUUCAAAUCACGUCAUCUUCAUUUUCUGUUCCGGGUGCUUGUUGUCCUGUUCACUGAAGUGCUUGGUUGUAGGAAGAUCAGACACAACAGUUGGUUUAAAUCUGCAUUUAAAGAACAAUGCUGUCGUUUUAAUGCCUGUCUUGCAGCUUAAAAAUUAAGGACCUUCAAAUAAGAUGUCACACAACUAUAAAUUAUCAUCCAGUUCUACUUCUUAAUCACUCAAAAUUGUCUGUAAAGCACUUUAAAAUGGGUAUGAGUUUAUAUGUGUACAUAGAGUUCCUGAAUUUCUGCUUUUUGGUUGGUUUUGUUUUGUUUUGUUUUUUUCCAAGGUAUUCAUCUGUAAGUUUCUUGACAGUCUCUCCUACUAGGAAUACUUUUCUUUCAGAGAGUCUAGUUGGAAUUUCUAGAGGGGCAAAUGUGUCCAGUAUGCAGUACAAACAGUUAAUUCUUUCUGGGAGACAGGGUCUUACUUUUGUGAAUUUGCCAUCUGUAAGUCCCCAUUCACUGUAUGAAACAAUGCAAAAUGUCCAAACUUGCCUUAAAUUCUUGAUAGCUAACUGAAACACAAAGGACUGGAUGAUAAUUCCUAUUUUUUUGCCUUAUGCGCUGUGCUGUAUUUUAAACCCAAGGAUAACUAUAAUUUUUAGCAGGAUUUAAUAAUUGUACAGAGAAUACCAAAUUGUACUCGGACUUGACCAGAGUGCUUUGGUUGGGAGUAUAAAAUGGUAUAUGUAGUUUUGUGUACGUAGAGUGUUUUUACGUGUACAUCUUCUUUUAGCAGUGAUGUUCUGGUUUUGUUCUUGUUUACAAAAGUGGCAUUUGAGUUCAACAGGAAAAUAACCGUAACCUGCGUUCUCGGUCUUUACUGGCGUUCUCAGUAUGUUUGCUCUUGUGAUAAUGCUCUGUAAGUACUGUUGUAACUAUUUCAUUGAAUGUGAAACAAUUUAGUAAAUAAACCUGGGGAAAAAAACUUUAA